UGUAACUACUACUGCCGUCCAACACAUGUAACGUGGAUCUUACACCGGUACAUUAGAAAUAAGGCGCUUUUGUUAUUGAUUUCCAGGCAGACACACUAAUGUGUUUUACGGUAUGACUGCAGAAUGAUUUGCCUUGGUAGAAAGCAGCGGAAGGGUUGUCAAAUCCCCGCCUGACAAAGCGUGUCAGAAGAAGUCCAAAAUGAGUUCUCAGGAUGUUUUGAAGAGUGCGUCCACUCUAGCAUCGUAUAAUGUGUUGCUACAGGUGAUGUUUCGUGUGCUCACCUUCUUGCUGAAUGCAUUCACACUGCGGUUUGUCUCCAAAGAGCUGAUAGGUGUUGUCAAUGUCAGGCUUACACUACUGUACUCCACAUUAGUAUUUUUAUCCAGAGAAGCUUUCCGGAGAGCCUGUCUGAGUGGGGUAUCUGGAACAAACCACAGCUGGAGACAAGUUAUCAACCUGCUCUGGCUGACAUUGCCUCUGGGUGUGUUAUGGGCAACCCUGCUGGUCUCUGUGUGGCUGUGGCUCCUGGAGGUCCCGGACCCCCAGACUAUCCCUUAUUACGGCCCUGCUGUGGUGUUGUUUGCUCUGUCAGGAGUGCAGGAGCUCCUGGCUGAGCCCCUCUGGGUCCUGGCUCAAGCUCACAUGUUUGUCCGACUCAAAGUGGUCGCUGAGAGCUUAGCAAUGAUCGCUAAGUGCAGUCUAACCGUGUUGUUGGUGGUGUUUGCCCGUGAAUGGGGACUUUACAUCUUCUCUGCUGCUCAUUUGGUGUACACAGGAUUCCUGGUGCUGUGCUAUGCUGUUUACUUCAUUCGUUUCUUGGGCUCUGAAGAGGCAGACAAGAAGGGGUUUCCUCUGCACCGCGUUGGAGACCUCUUGCCCUCUAGAGCUGUUGGAGAGCCUCUGGUUGAUUGGACUCUGGCCCAGCUCACAUGGAGCUUCUUCAAGCAGUCCUUCCUGAAGCAGAUCCUGACUGAGGGGGAGCGCUACGUCAUGACCUUUUUGAACGUCCUCAGUUUUGGAGACCAGGGAGUUUAUGAUAUUGUGAAUAAUCUGGGCUCCAUGGUGGCUCGCUUCAUCUUCCUGCCUAUCGAGGAAAGCUUCUACAUCUUCUUUGCCAAAGUGCUGGAGCGAGGACGUGAUGUCAAAAGUCAGAAACAGGAGGACGUUUCCAUUGCAGCGGAGGUCCUGGAGUGUCUGCUGAAACUGGUGCUGGUGGUUGGACUGAUCAUCUCUGUGUUUGGCUACGCCUACUCUCACUUGGCUCUGGAUAUUUAUGGCGGCUCUCUGCUUAGCAGUGGUGCAGGGCCCACUUUGCUGCGAUGCUACAGCGGCUAUGUUCUCCUGCUUGCUGUAAAUGGUGUAACAGAGUGCUUUGUGUUUGCUGCCAUGAGCCAAGAAGAGGUUGACAAGUAUAACUUUGUGAUGCUAGCUCUGUCUGUGUCUUUCCUGUUCCUGUCCUACAUGCUGACGUGGUGGGCUGGCGGUGUGGGCUUCAUAUUGGCAAACUGCCUUAACAUGGGCCUCCGCAUCUUGCACAGCCUUCUUUACAUAAACCGCUACUUCCAUUCCACUCAAUGGAAACCUCUGCGAGGCCUUGCCCUCCCGUUCCUACUACUGGCACUUGCUGUCAGUGCCGUUGUCACAGCGCUGUCUGAGGGUGUGUUCUGCUGUGACAGCGGCUGGUUACCACGGUUGGUCCAUAUCGGUGUGGGAGCAUCGUGUCUGCUCGGUGUGUUAGUGGCUGUUCUUGUCACAGAGACUCGGCUAAUUCAGUUCGUGAGGACUCAGCUUUUGCCCCAAUACAGAAAGAAACACACGUAAAUUAAAUUGGAAAUUGGUGAACUGGCCUGGAAGAAAGAUUAUGUUUCACUACAAACAGUUCUGACAAGAGCUGCUAAUGACUGUUACUGACAGCGUGAAAGCAACGACGGAACAAUUAAAAAAAAUUGCCCUCACACGUGUGUGAAUGUGUGGGUGCUGAUAUGUUUUCUCUGGAUCAUUCCUAUGUUGGCUCAUACAAGUAUGAAAAGACAUGUCCUGACUGUUUUGGAAACUGAUUGUGUCUGAUAAAGAAUUGAAUGUAUUUUAAGAAAACAGUUGAUUGUUUUACCGUUAUAUAUAGAAAUAUAAAUUUAUAAACUUAAAGCAGCCCAAAGGAUCCUUUGUGUUUGUCCAAAAAUCACCAAAAAGGUUAUUUUAACUAACAAUUCAGCCAUCUUUCAAAAUGUGAAGUCCAUUAUUCUGUUCACAUUAAUGGUAGA